ACAUUGCCGCAGGUUUGUCCAUCUCUAACAAAAUCGUAGUACGAAAUAUCGAAAACGAAACACAUCACGCGGGCGAAAUUUCGUGAAGUUCAGCAUUUACAAAUUUCUCCCUCUGUGGCGUAUGUGUGUUUGUACGAAUUAGCGGCUGAAAACCAAAAACCGAGGUGCGAGAGCGAGAAUACAUUUAUAAAAAACGCGUGCGUUUCUCCUCUAACACAUACAGUGAGUGUGACCGUUGUAUUUGUGACCUGUGCCUGUGUUAGCGGCCACUGGAGGAUCAACGAAUUUAAAAGAAUACUAAAAGUACCGGGACAUCAAUAUAAAAGUAUUAUAACCACGCAACAAAUUCAAUUUUAAGCAUUUUAACUGAAAUCAUGACUGAAGUUGAGCAACCGCCACAGAAUGGCAUAGAUCCCACUGCCGGCGAAGAUGAUGACAAUAGCAAAGCACGUCCCGCGGAUAUUGAACAGGAUAUGCGCGAAAUGGAGCGUCGCAAGCGAGUCGAGGCUAUAAUGGGCUCGAAACUGUUCCGCGAGGAGCUGGAGCGUAUCGUGGACUCGGCGCGCGAUGGAGGUGCUGGCGCUAGUGGCAUCCUGCAGCAGCUGUCGGAUAUCGUGGGCGUUCCAGUGUCCAGGGUGGGCAGCGUUUUCAAGAGCAGCAACUGCAUGGUGCCCAUCAACGAUAUACGCGGCGUCGAGUCCAUGGGCUAUGCCAAGGGCGAGAAGAUACUCCGGUGCAAGCUGGCCGCCACAUUCCGUCUGCUCGAUCUGUACGGCUGGACCCAGGGUCUGGGGGCACAGAUCACCGCCCGACUCAAGGUCGAUCAGGAGUACUUCCUGGUUAACCCAUACGGCCUGCUUUACCACGAGAUCACUGCCUCAGCGCUGAACAAGGUGGACAUGCAAGGACAGAUUGUGGAGCAGGGCACCACCAACUUUGGCGGCAACAAGAGUCACUUUGUCCUCCAUUCGGUGGUACAUGCUGCCCGUCCAGACAUUCGAUGCGCCAUCUAUAUCGGCUGCAGUCCAGUCGUGGCUAUUUCCUCACUGAAGACGGGUCUGUUGCCCUUGACCAAGGAUGCCUGUGUGCUGGGUGAGAUCACCACUCACGCUUAUACUGGUUUGUUCGACGAGGAGGAGCGCAAUCGAUUGGUCCGCAGGCUUGGUCCCAACUCCAAGGUGAUUCUGUUAACUAAUCACGGUGCUUUGUGCUGCGGAGAGACAAUCGAGGAAGCCUUCUUCGCCGCCUGUCACAUUGUGCAGGCGUGUGAGACGCAACUGAAGCUGUUGCCCGUCGGUUUGGAUAACUUGGUGCUGAUUCCAGAGGAGUCGCGCAAGGCCAUUUACGAGCAGUCGCGCCGGCCGCCGGAGGAUCUGGAGAAGAAGUUUGCUGCCGUCGCCACUGGCGAAGAUGCUGAAAAGGAUGCAGCCGAAGCAGUACCCAAGGUGGGCAGUCCGCCCAAGUGGCGUGUGGGUGGUGCUGAAUUUGAGGCCUUGAUGCGCAUGCUGGACAAUGCUGGCUAUCGCACUGGCUAUAUCUACCGCCAUCCACUGAUCAAAUCGGAUCCUCCCAAGCCUAAGAACGACGUCGAACUACCGCCAGCUGUUUCAUCACUGGGCUAUCUUCUUGAGGAGGAGGAACUCUUCCGUCAAGGCAUCUGGAAGAAGGGAGAUAUUCGCAAAGGCGGCGACCGCAGUCGGUGGCUCAACUCGCCAAACGUUUACCAAAAGGUCGAGGUUCUGGAGACCGGCACUCCGGAUCCCAAGAAGAUUACAAAGUGGGUGGCUGAGGGUUCCCCCACCCACUCAACGCCAGUGAGGAUAGAAGAUCCACUCCAGUUUGUGCCUGCAGGAACCAAUCCAAGGGAAUUUAAGCGUGUCCAGCAACUAAUUAAGGACAACCGUCGGGCAGAUAAGAUUUCAGCCGGACCACAGUCGCAUAUUCUGGAGGGUGUCACAUGGGACGAGGCGAGCCGACUCAAGGAUGCAACAGUUUCGCAGGCCGGCGACCAUGUCGUCAUGAUGGGUGCCGCCUCCAAGGGAAUCAUCCAGCGUGGCUUCCAGCACAAUGCCACUGUCUACAAGGCUCCAUAUGCUAAGAACCCAUUCGAUAACGUCACAGACGAUGAACUCAAUGAAUACAAACGCACGGUGGAGCGCAAAAAGAAAUCGGUUCAUGGCGAAUAUACCGACACAGACUUUUCGGAAUCCGAAGCGGUCCUGCAGGCGGGGACAAAGAAAUACCCACAAAGCGAACCCGAGACCGAGCACCAGGUCAUUGAGAUCCAAACACAACAAGCGCCAGUGCCAAGGCAGGCAGAAGUCGUGCUGAGCGAUGCACUUAUCUCUCAACUGGCUCAAAAGUAUGAGUUCCUUUAUUCGCCUGGCCAAUACAUGUAUGCCUGCCUGAAAAUGGCUCCAUUAAUGCAGAAGGUUUAUGUUAUACACAAGGUCGAGCCUGUCUGCAAGCACAACUAUCCGCCAGUUCACGAUGGCAAUAUGAGUAUUCAUCACAACGAAAGUGGAGCCGGAUUCAUGGCCAAUGAGUCCAGCGUUAUUAGUAGCACCCCCGUACGCAAUGCCUUGGCAUCUGUAUCAUUGCCGGAAGAGAGGAAUCAUUCUAUUUUGGGCUUUUCAUCAACUCCGUAUCGGACCAUCUCCCAUUUCGGGUUCAAUUGUCCGCUUAUUACGUCACCAACCAUUCUCCUGCAUCCGGAACAUCGAUCCAUAUGGCAACGGGUGGCCGAGCAGCGCGAUAAGGUUGUGUCCUUCAUAGAUCUCACCACAUUGAGCAUGGACAAUCGCAAGCUGCUCAAUGUGGUGACAUCAACUCACCCAACCCAGUGUCAAUCGAAAUCACAAUCUUUUAUCUCUGAGAAGCACAUUCAGUUGGAAGUUACGCCUCCGAAGCGAAAGCAGCGGGUCUACAGCGCCACCACCAGCAGUGGUGUAGACGACAGCCUCGAUGAGCUGGACUCUCUGAUGAGCGGCCUAGCCAUCAAUAUGCCGCGCAGUCGGGAGCAGGACAGCGGUCUGUACCGCAGCUAUACCUUUCUACCCAGUAAUCAUGCUCUGCCCAAGGAUAUAGAUGCAAAUGACAGGGGUCAAACGGAUCGGGAGCGACCAGAAGCAGAGCAGGAGCAAAGUUUUCACUGCGCAGGCGACAGUGGUAUUGGCGAUUCCGCCGGCAGGCGUCCGCGUCUGGCCACCACCAGCAAUGAUUCGUCCAUUCAAGAGGCCGAGGCCUACACCCAGGGCAAGCACGUCAAGUUGACUUUGAGCAGCUCACCCACGCCCACGGCCACACAAUCACCAGCAACCAUCGAAAUUCUUAUCAACGUAUCGCUGCGCAAUGCCGAGUGCGUCCAAACGGUCCAGACCCAUGAGCAGGAGUUUCGCGCCAAGUUGGAGAGAGUAAUCGACGAGGAGAUCCACUACAUUUCGCAGCAACUUGCAUUUAAGCAACGACAGGCAGAGUUGCUUGAACAGCAGACUACAUCGCGGGCUCCACUCGCUACACCUUCUUCCGCAACUAUGCAUCCGCCGGCACCGGCUUCUUCAUCAUCCAUGGUUCACCGCAGCAACUCGGCACCAGAGCUGUGCCACACAUAUAGCUAUGUGGCCGUGGGAAUGGCGGAUAUGUCGACCAAACAGGAUCAAGCCUCUCCCCAACUGCCAGCGGAUGGUGAGCCGUUGAAUGAUAUACUCAGCAGUCUGGAGAAGGAACUGGAGCGUCUGCUGAACAGCGUGGUCACAGCCCACAUGCUCCACAACAAGGCCAUCAUACACGAGUGCCGGGCUCGCUUCUCGCAACUGGCCGAUGGAAUGGUCAGCUCGUAGAUACAAAUUAUGAUUUUGAAGCAAAAUUUACAUCUUCGCUUUUGUUGUGAUGUUUAAAAAUCGACAACAGUGAAAUGAUUGUAUAAAGCCACUAGAUUAAGUUUAAUGAUGAUAAUUUGGAAAUCUUAAAAUCGAACUAAUGCAUUUUUUACUCCUUUGUUCUCUUAAUAUAAAUGUUAAGACUGUAACUUAAGCACAAUAUGAAAAUGCAAAGUUAAAACUGAAUCUGAGCCAACCAUUGUACAUUUAAACAUCUGUGAAAUUGUUAAG